GGGCGAGGGCUGAGGGCUGCAGCGACCAGGUGGCUCCAGGCGCAUUGUGAAGUGGCCAGAGCGUCACAGGUGGCCUGGACCCCAGGGAUCCGGGGCGGGACGGGUCUCCGCAGCUCCCCCGCAAGGCCCGGGGACCUUCGCUCAGACGCUGGGCGCCCGGGGAAGGAGCAUGGAGGGCUUGGGCCACUUCUCCCCUCGGCCCUACCCAGACCUCUGGGAGCCCCCGCCGCCCCGCGAAGAUCGCGCAUCCUCCGCGCGGCUGGGCGGGCUGGGGCCGCAGACGGAACCGGACCUGUGCUCCUGGGCCAUGACUCCCGGCGAGGGGAGCGCCGCGGCGCCCUGGCUGUACCCGCCCUGCUCACCCACCCCCAGCCGGUGCCGGUACCCCGACUCCCCGCGGGAAAGCUGCAGCCUGACCGACGUAGCCCGGAGGCCGCCGGACCGCGCCAAGAAGCACCGGCCGCGCAGCCGGCUCCUGGAAGAUGCGUGGGGGGAGGCAAGGACCAAGCUCCAGGCACAGGGAGGCAGCCCGCACAACCCGGCCUGGCAGCAGCAGCCCUCUUGCCAGCACUGCCCUCCCGCCCGGGGAGAUUCGCCCCCACCUUACCCGCACGGAGCUUACACUCCCCCGCGUGGAACUUCCCGGGUAGAAGAGGUGCCCAGCGGAGACCAGUGGGCAGCGCGGGUCUGCAGAGGUCUAGGUCGCUGGUCUCUCUCCUCAGUUCACACGGAGAAGUCUUCUGUUGCCUCCAGAGAGUUGGGGACGCAGUCAGCUUGCGCGUACAUCCAGAAAAGACACAGCAAUGAAACGGUGGCGUCAUUAGCCAGCCAGUACUCCCUCUCCAGCAAGGGGGUGCAGAGCCAGCACACCCAGAUCCUCCAAAACAAGCUAGAAGAGGCAGUAAUGUCCUCCAGGGACCAGAAGAUUAUAGCCCUCGUGCUGAGCCGGCUCAAGAAGGCCCAGAGGAUGCGGGAGCUGCAGCAGCAGGCGGCUGUAGCCUGGGAGGAGCUGAAGCGCUCAGACCAGAAGGUCCAGUUGACCCUGGAGAGGGAGCGCCAGCUGCUACUGCAGCAGAGCCAGGAGCAGUGGCAGCAGGAGAAGGAGCAGCGUGUCCGACGGCGGGACAGACAAGCGAAGAUCACGACGCAGCAGGAGAGCGGGUGGAAGGGGCAGCUGGAGGACUCGGAGAACCGGCGCCAGGAGACGCUGGAGAGGGCCCCCUCUGAGACAGAGAUGGAGCAUGGGAAGCAGUGCGAGGUCCAGCGCCUGCAAGAGCAGGAGAGGAUGCUGCACGACCUGCGGGAGCAGAACAGCCGCCUGCAGCUUCAGAAGAGGCCAGUGCAGGCCUUUCAAAAGAAGCACACGCACACCACUGAGGGCCAGAAAAAGGUCCAGGAGACCAAUCUUAGCUCUCUAGUUAAUUACCAGGCCCGCAAGGUCCUCAUGGACUGCCAGGCCAAGGCUGAGGAGCUCCUCCGGAAGCUGUCCCUUGAGCAGAGUUUUCAGUGGUCCCAAGAGAUCCCCCAGGGCGUGAUUAAAGCGCAUCACCGAGAGCCCAAGGAGAAGGUCCAGAAGGAGGACGCACAGUUCCAGCAGGUCAAAUGGCGCCCGGGGGAGUCCGAGGAGCAGAGGAAGGAGCACAAGCGGCUGCUUGUGGAGCUUGCGAAACAGAAGAUCCUGCAGACCAGAAGUAAGGUCCACAAGAACAUCAGCGACAAGGCACAGCACCCUCGGGAGCUCAGCAUCCUGCGGGAGAACACUCAUCACAUCCUGAAGCUGAAAGCCGAGAAGGAGGAAAAGAGUCACGUGGAUGGCAUCAAGGAAGCCAUGAGGAAAAAGGAGCGGAGGAUCGAGCAGAUCUCGCGAGAGAAAGAUGCACCUUCCGAGGGAUUCCAAAAGAUCUCCAGGGCCGCCGGGACAGACAACGCGAGAGCACCUGCCAGCAGCUGCUUUGAUCGGGCGGCCCGGGGGGCCCAGGAACGAGCUGGGCAGCAGAGAGGGGGCUACUGAGAACCCGACGACGAAGAGCCCCCAGCCCAGGUGGCUAGAAAGAGACGUGGCAGUGAGAUUCAUUUUAUAAUCUGAUUAGAAUUGAGCACUGGUUUUUAAAAAGUAUAUAAAAUAGCUGCACUUUCCUCUCGUGAACUGGUUGAUCGAUUCAUUUGGAUAGUUGAGAGGGUUGGGAGAGAAAUUCAGGAAUUUUAAGAAAAUUACUUGCCUUGGUAUAUUUGGAUUUAAAUAGCAAAUAUUCGUUUAGCUCUCAAGUAAUCUUAGAAGGACACCAAACACAUCUUGGAGGAACCAAAGAAAAAUCUACAGGGGGCGGGGAUACAGUUCUGUGUCAAGAUAAGUUUCUUUUCCUGUCCCAGAACUUAAUGAAAAGGAAAAGUGUGAAGUACAGGGCACUAAGAAAUCUCUCCGGAGUUCCCGUCAUGGCGCAGUGGUUAACGAA